AGCUCCGCCGUAAGUCGUGAAUAGAGUUGUAGGAUUUGGUCGAUCCUGUAUUUUAAACUUUCUUCAAUUUAUUUUCUGUCCACAAUAGACAAUUUGUCGCAACGCCGCUGCCCGCCGCCGCCGCCGCCGUAUAUACGUAGUGGAGUCUUUGUAAAAAUGGAUUUCAAAAUGCAUGAAUAUACUCAUGCUGUGGUUGGCAAAGUGACACCACCUUUGCGAAUUACUGACAAGGCAGAUUUCAACGACGCACGACGCCAACACGAUUGUUACUUGAGACUUCUCAGGGAGUUAAAUGUAGACGUGGUGGAGUUGGACUUGGGUGGCACCUUUCCCGGCAACGUUGUUCUUGAAGAUAUAGCGAUCAUCUGUCACGGCAUAGCGCUCCUACCAAAACCUGUGGCUAGUGGGGACGAGUACAAAUUGAAGAAAAUUAGGGAGGUGCUAAAGAGCCUUGGUCAAACAAUAAUUGAUGUGACAGACCCUGAUGCCAAGAUUGUAGGAUCAGAUGUGUUUUUUACUGGACGCGAGUUCUUCGUAGGUAUAUCAGAGACUAGUAAUGAAGCUGGAGCUAGUGCAGUGGCCGAAGCAUUUCCAGAAUUCCCAUGCACACCCAUCAAGGUGGCGAAAGGAAUGAAACAUUUGAAAAAAUACAUCACUGUUGCGGGCCCUGAUAUACUUUGCGUCGGAGCAAGUAAAGAUGCUAAAGAACUGCUUAAAAGGAUGGAAAGAGAAGCCACAUUCUCAUAUCAGACUCUGACUGUCCCUGAAGAUGAAGCUGCUAAUUGUCUCUAUGUUAACGGAACACUUAUACAUAGGGCUAUUGAAGAAAUACCUGAAUCAUUCAAGGUAUUUUGCGAAAAGAUCGACUUCGCUAGACGUUCUAUCUGCUUCUCCGAAUUGUCUAAAGUGUCGUGCGGUCUCAGUUCGUGUUGCUUGUUGGUAAGGAAAUCUUAAGUGUUAACAACCUGAACAAAUACAUAAUAUACCUGGAUUCUGGAACAAAAUGGCACCGAAAUUUGUACACAAUUGCGUGAAAAAUGUCCACUCCAAUAUUUGUAUUUGCUUAUUCCAUGAGGGAAUUUUCCAAAUUGAUUUCCUUAAUUUUUCGUAAAUAGUUAAUGAUAGGAUAACAGCAAAGUACCAGCUGAUGUGUUCAAAGAUUUAGAAAUCAGACAUGCUUUCUGAUGGUUCAGUUUACAUUUUACAUUAUGAAAACUAAUUGAUAUUGUAUUAAUCAGUUCUGAAUUCGAAAAUUAGAAUCUCAGUACAAUUUACAAGUUU